UCCUCGUCACUUCAAACGGAUGUGGUUUCCACCGUUUGAUAAUAAGGGGCCUCCAAUGGACAAUGAUCACUCAUCUGGAGAUAGAGUCAAUCAUGUUAAGGGUGCUAUCAUUUUCUCAAACAUUGUGACAACUGUGUCCCCCACUUACGCACAAGAAGUUCGAACAUAUGAGGGAGGAAAGGGACUCCAUUCAACACUCAAUGCAAACUCCAAGAAGUUCAUUGGGAUCCUUAACGGCAUUGACACAGAUUCGUGGAACCCCGCGCCACGGACCCUUUCCUUAAGGCUCAGUUCAACGCUAAGGAUCUACAAGGGAAAGAAGAAAACAAAUACGCACUUAGAAAGUAGCUUGGACUUUCUUCAGCAGAGCCAGACGGCCUUUGGUCUUGGUUCGAAAAGGCGUGUGGCGAGAAGAAGCGACGAGACUGGCGCUUAGCGCCUAGCGCCAUGGCGCCACA